CUGCAGCCAGAGAUCCGGCCAUAUUGACUUUACAGUUUUCUCAGAGCUGCACCAUCGAGGGAAAAAUUACAUUAUAUAAAUAGAUAUAAUCCAGGACAGGAGCGGCCGGAGACCCCCCUUAGUCCUCCCAGGCCAUGGGCAGGAGAGCGCGCCCAGCACCCCCUGGGCUAAGCCUGGUAACACUGGCACUCAGCCUCCUGGUUUGUGCAUCCGGGAUGGAGAUUACUGUGCCUCCUGUUAUCUAUGCUCUGAAUGGAUCCGACAUACGACUUCCAUGCAACUUUAACUCAUGUUACAGGAUGGACAACAAACAGUUCUCCAUGAACUGGACAUAUCGGGGCUGUGACAACUGUACAGAAGAGACGUUCAUGCAGUACGAUAAGAAGAUUAUUCACCAGCGUCUGGAGCGUUUUCAAAACCGGGUGGAGUUUACAGGGAACCCGAGCAAAAAUGAUUUGGCUGUGACAAUACAUGAUGUUCAACUGCAAGAUGGUGGAGAAUAUCAUUGUUACGUGCUGAACCCGCCAGACCGAAAUAAGGGCACAGGGAAAAUUCGUUUGGAGGUUCUAACGGAGGUUCCUCCAGAGAGGGAUUCCACGGUUGCAGUUUUGGUUGGAGCUUCGGUUGGAGGUUUCUUGGCCGUUGUCAUCCUUUUCCUGGUCAUCCUAAAAUGUGUCAGAAGAAAAAAAAUGCAAAAUCUUAACUCAGAGGAUCAGAAAACAGAGGAAGAAGUAAAGACCGAUGGCGAGGGGAACCCCGAAGGAGAAAUGAAAUCAUCCAUCCCUGAGGUCCUAUGAUUUCUCCCCAUGCACAUACGGAGUGAAGCGGAUCCCCUGGCAGAAGAUGACGAUAUUGUUCAUAGAAGAUAUUGAGAAUGCUCUGACAUUCAUCUGAACAUUAAUCAGCUCCAGGGAAUGAAGAGUAUGUGACACCAUAAUUCUAACAGACUGUGGGAACCCUUCUCCUGUGUAUGAUCCUUACUGACCUCCUGAUGAAGCACUUCUGCUCCAUGUGAUCCCGUCACCUGCACUGCACCUUGUCCUGUCUGUCACCCUGCCAGGCUCUGAUUAUGUCAGGCGGAGGUACUACGUGUAUGUGGUCCUGACUGGUUGAAGUAUAUCUACCCCCGUCUGUAAACCUGUGGGUGUUAAUCUGACAGUGAAUGAAGUCCCUUUUCAUUUACAGACCACUGACACAAUGAGGGGACUUACCUAGCACUGCACAGUUACUGUUCAUAUUGCCUACAUUGUACUCUCUUAUACAGUUUACACCACUGAUGGGCAACAAGUGGCCCUAAGGUCACACGUGGCCCUCUGAACUUUCACCUGCAGCCCCGCCCUCAUCUACUUCCUGCUUUUAGAGUCAAAUUUAACAUACCUGCUCAUAUGUUGUUACAUAUAGGUUUCUCAUUCGUCAAUUAACUUGCUAAUUAGUAAUGGGCCUAAUUCAGGUCCUGAAAGAUCUUUGGCACAUGACCCAAAGUAUUGAUGUGCGGUACUUUGUGCAUGCGCCAGACCUGAACCUGAACGGCUGCAGUCGUCAGUAGAUUGACAUUCUGCAGCCAAUUAGGGAUGUGGAGGGGGCAGUAACGGCAACUGUUUCCCAAAACGGAGGCGUGCCGCAUUUGUUUUGGGGGUGUGCCGAGACCAGGAUCUCCAUUGGAGAUUUCCUGGACUUUUGAUCGGAGCUGCGGCGGCCGGCUAUUAUGACCCCACGGUUCACGCAGCCGGCCGAUGGUGUCGUAGGUGGUCCGAUUCUGUGCCCUAGGAUGCAUCACUGGAUGCACACAUGCAUGCAGGAAGUGUCUACUUAUACGAGGUGCAUCCUGCUGCAUUACCAUAUCUGUGCAUUGCUGCGGCAGCGAUGACAGCUCCAACCACACCUGAAUUAGACCCAAUGUCCACCCCUUCUGAAGGCCAGAGGGCCACACAGUGCGGACCCCACAGUGUACCAGGGUGCCUAUUACGGCUUUACACAGGCUGUGCAGUGCAUGGAGGUACCUUCCCAUUAUAUGCCCAGAUUAGAUUAAACACUUGUGUGCUGUGUGUGGCAAUCUGUGCCUACAUGGUUGGCAUUACUUAGAACAUGCAAGUUUACAAUGAGUGAAAGACACAAUUUCUGUACAAUACUUCAAUAGCAAACUGAAUGUGCCGUGCUGUGACUGCUAUUUUGUUCACUGGCAUUUUUCUAAGAACCAGAAAGUGUUAGCUUUAUGUAUAAAAGGUAAAGCAAUUUAUGUUUGCGCUUUCUGUAAAUGAGGCAGAGGAACCUCUAGAGGAUAAACUUGGGACCCAAAUAUUAAUUUUACUAAAUAAUAUGUUUACUAUCAGGAUGAUUUCCACUGAAUCCAGCACAGCAAAUACACUGCCAACAUACGUAACUGCCAAUAUUUAAAAAUAAUUUCCAGGAAAACUUUGCUACUGAAAGCGUUUGAGUCCGUCAUAAAUGGUCGUUUCUAUGCGGACUUUGGUGCACUUCAAACCCCGUACCAAUAUGUUUUAAAUAAUUUAAUUAUAAGGGUUUUAUUUUGCAUUUGUAUUACUCCUUAAGAAAAUAAAAAUAGGUUGUAAGACUUGCAUCCAAUAUGGAGAAUACUGUAUAAAACAAUUGUCCUGAGAAAAUUGGUCAAUACGUAAUAAUGGGGACAAUUUUAGGGAAAAAUGUUUAAAAUCUGGAUCUGAGGCUGGGAAUCGGACAGUCCGCAACUCUAACAAUGACAUCAAUAAAUCAAUAUUUAGCAAUAUUGUUUUAAUUCAUUUUGUUUCCAUACAAAAGACCUUACCUCUUCUAAGUGCGAUACUAAUUAAUGAUGCUAUAUUCCUUCCUAUAUGUAUGAUGAUAAGAUAAUAGAGCUGACUCAUGUCAAACGCUGGGUGGUUCGAGCCAUUAAGCAUUAUACACACCAGAAGGGUCUGUCUGCAUAAUGCAUUUCUAUGUAUUUAGGUUCUGCAUGCCUAUGUUAGAGGUAAACGCAAAUCUACAAUGUGUAUUCAUUCUACAGCCACAGGAAUGAGUUUGGACAGCUGCUGUCAUACAGGACAUGGAAGAGUUGACACAGAUUAGAGAGGCCAAUCCCGGGAGCGGGAUCGGCGGGAUCCCGGGAUUUGGGCCCAAAAAUGUCGGGAUUUGAAUCCCGGGAUUGGAGCAUCCAAUUUCGGGAUUCACGGGAUUACACUGCGCAUGUGCGGGAGGGUGGGUGUGUAAGUAAUACUACUUACAAUUAGGCGGGCGGCAGCCAUAGACAAACGC